AUGAAGGAUGCUCUCAUUGCGACAAUUUCCACCUUCCAUACUAAGAAGAUCAUCAUCUCAGACCCGGUCAAAUUUCUUCAUUAUGGUUCCAUACCGGAGACGAUGUACAGAAGUGUUACUCAGCAUAGCAAAGUAAUGGCGGACUACAGCAAGCUGCAUUCCACGGAGCCGAGAGUUCUUACACCAGAACAACAAGCUGCUCUCGACGCUCUUGAUAAACCGAGUGGCAGAGGCAAACGAAUAAAUGUCAAAAAGGAGACAACUGAGGCUAAAACUUCUAAGCCUUCAAAAAGCAAGAAAAGAAAGACCAGAACCGAAAGUUCUUCAAAGCCAAAGAAGAUCAAGCGCAUGGCCCGAAAACCUAAGGGUCCAUCUCCUUUACCAUCUGACAACGAGGAUGAUGAAGAAGACAAGUCUCCAAGAGGUAAUACUCCACCUCGCUCUUCUUCUCUAAUUCCAGAAGUUAAGAUUCCAACUCCACCUCAAUCACCAAAACUAUCCCCUCCUAAACCAGACGAACCAACUCCCACACCGACACCGAAACUACUAGUUUUGGUUGCUUCAACCUCCAUAACCGAAACCUCUCUACCACCACCACCCGUAUCUUCGGUUUCUAUUUCCACCACACCUUUCACUACUCCGAUCAUUACCCCAAUCACCAUUACUACUACCAUCCCUGAUGAAACAACAAGUGUCAACGUAUCUGAUACGGGGGCACUUACUGUAUCUAAAACUCCUGUUCUUACUCUACCUCCCUCACCAACCAAAUCAACCGAUUCAGGCGCUACACUCGGCCGUGACAAUGAUGAGUAUGAUUCCACAUACUUUAGUCCCUAUCGAUUGCAAUCUGAUGAAGAUAUUGAAGCUCCAAUCAACCGACAACACUUGGAUAGUAUUCAUGAGAAGCUGGACAAGUUGCUUGCUGAUACGAAAGCUUAUGGCGGGGUCGUUCUAAAAGCCUUUGUGGAAACCGCCAUAGAGCAAUAUACAAAAGCAAUGGAUAAAUCCACUGACGCUGUUAACGAAUCAACUUCACUGUGCAAGAAAGCUACUACUGAUAUUGCUGAAGUUGUUCGCACAACUCAUAUCUUUCUGGAUUCUUUGAAAGGGCAUGCAGAUACAAAUGUAGCUAAAGUUCGUGCUUCGGUUGAUUCUCUUUCUCAAACUUUACAGGAAGAACACACGAAAUUUGAAGAUGUUUGUUCUUCUCUGAAAGCUAAUAAUGCCACUCUCAUAAGUUCGGUUUCUUCCAAAUUGGACUCUAUGCAUGCUGAGAUCGCCAAGGAGAGUGCACUAAAAGAAGAAAUUGCCAAACAAGCUUCCACCAUUGUUGUUCAGCAAGUCCAGCUUACACAAGCAGAGAAGGAGAUUUCUUUGUUAAAAACCGAAAGAACUGUCUUUCGAAGCUGUGCAAAUGAUGUGAAGGACAUGUUGACCAAUAUUCUUGGUGCUCAUGAUCCAAUUCUCACUCUUUCUAUUCGCAAUCAUCUUACAACAAAGCUGCUUCCUGCCCUUACCAUUCUACAUGAAAUGAAAGGUGUUUCGGAACCUUUCGUCGCUCCAAAACAAGGGGGAGAGGAAUCACAGAAAGCCGAUAUCACAAAAGAACUGAAGGUUAAUGUAGCUUCAGGUUCUGGCCCGAAAGAAAAGAUAAAACAGAUUGGUCUUGAUAGCAAUAGUGAUACUGAUGAGACUAUAGCCGAGGCUCUACAAAGAAAGAAAAGAGAUAAAGAGUUAGAUGAAAACUUGAAGAUCUCUAAAGAGGCUGAGGAAACUGAGCGGAGAAACAAAGAAACAUAA